GCGGCAGCAGCGUCUCUGGACUCUGGACGCUCAGUGAGCAGCGUCUCCCCAUCCUGCUACCCACAAAACGGGCACGGGCAGGGGGGACAACCACAACUUUGAUUCCUUUUGUGGAUCUGAGGUACAACACAGAACCACAGAAAGCAAAUGUUUUACUUAUUUUUCAUUUAUUUUAAAUGAGUAAGAUACUUUAGACAUGUCUUCAUCCGUGAGCGGCACAGAGGAGGUCCGGGUGUCGGUGUUGACGCCCCUGAAGUUGGUGGGACUGGUGUGCGUCUUUCUCGCCGUGUGCCUGGAUGUCGGGGCCGUGUUGAGCCCGGCGUGGGUCACUGCGGAUGACCAGUACUACCUGUCCAUGUGGGUCUCCUGCUGGAAGCCCGUCAGCUCCGCGGAGUGGUCCUGCAACAGCACGCUGGCCACCGACUGGCAAAUUGCCACACUGGCCUUGCUGUUGGGGGGUGCGGCCCUCACCCUGAUCUCCUUUCUGGUGGCGCUGAUCUCCCUGUGCUCUGGAUCCAGGAGUCGCUGUUACAAGCCUGUGGCUGUCAUGCUGUUCUCUGCAGUGGUGCUCCAGCUGUGCAGCUUGGUCCUGUUCCCCAUCAAGUUCAUCGAGACAGUCAGUCUGAGGGUGUACCACGAGUUUAACUGGGGCUACGGCCUGGCCUGGGGAUCCACCAUCUUCUCUUUUGGAGGGGCCUUCCUAUAUUGCCUCAACCCUAAGAACUAUGAAGACUACUACUAAAAUAAGUUUAACAGGAAGAGAAACUGAGACUCUGCUUCAAACCAAUUUCCUCUCAGCAAUAUGACAGUGCACAACCACAGACUAAAAAAGAAGAAAUACAAAUGCUUAUUGUUAGUUUCGGGACUGGAAAUGAGCUCUUUCAUUUGAUACUGUGAAAAAAUAAUUGUCCAAAAGACUACCCUCACUCAUUGAACCGAAGCCUCGUGCUUUUCUCGGAUGGUUUGGCAGCAGACCUGACUGUGAAAAAAGAAAUCCAACCCAGCCUGUAUGAUUUUUGAGAGAAUGUCAGCACUCGCAUAACUCUGCUUCCCCUUUAAGGUGAACUCCAGUAGGUCUUACAUUUGGGCAGAACAUCUGAGGGAAACAGAUGGAGUCUCUGCCCCCAUACCAGGAGGAAUUGGUGAAAUAAUUAACCAAUCAGAGCAGAGAAUGAUGUAAACACAGGCCAAUCAGGGAAGUCAGGGCACCAGAGAGGGAGACAUCCUAUUUAAGUCAUAUCAUGAGGAUUACAAAGUAGGAAACACAGGGCACAUCUAAGGAAAUGCUACAUUCCUCCAGGGAUAAACUACAACUGGAAAGAGCGGCUUCAUGUUCUCUUGUCCUUCUUGAGUCUAUUAAAAGCAUCAGAGACGCUGCUUAUAAACAGAAGCUACCCAACAGUAAAAACAUUCCACAGCCACCCUCCAAAUGAUAACAUACUGGUGAGAGGAACAUUUACUGGUUAAUGAAUAGCACAGCAUGUCACAUGUAAACAGUGGGGAAACCUUUGGCUGCCAAUGUAAACCUGCAGGCUAAACCAAGUCAUACCUGCUUUUUGAUAGAAACGGUUGUAUUAUAUGUAAUAAUAGGUAAAAAUAUUCUCAUUACAAGACCAGUGGGUAGGUAGAUGGCAAAUGACCAUGUCUGUGUGCGCAUGUCUGCAUGAACAUGCCACCCAGCAUGUGCUGCUCACACACCUUCCCAUGAGAUGCCUCUUUAUGUUCUCACUAGAAGAGGCAGUAAAUAUACAACACAUUUCAUAAAAUCAUUGUAGUUCCUGAAAAAGUACACUUAAGUUUUUGCAUCUAAAUUAGAGUCCAUGAUAAAGUGCUUUAAGAGAUGACCGAGUGCAAUGUGCUGUGUUAUGAGGACUGUAGGAUCAAUAAAGUAGGAGAAGAGUGUGAUCACAGCAGGAGGCCGAAGUCCUGCACUGGUAAUAACAUACUUUUUCAAACCUCAUUCAGCUUCUCCAACCCCCUCCUGCAACAUUAGUGCACGAGUGUGUGCAUGCCACUACCAUUAGCUGCUGUGUUUCUGAUUCCCACUGGUUUGAUUACUUGCAUAAUAAAAAUGUACUGGGAAAAAAAAG